AUGCUUCAAACCCCUAAGUCCACUACACCAACCUCACCCAUAAUCCUUCCAUACACUCCACAAACCUCUAAACCACAAGCUUUUGAGACACAAGCUCUAGAGAUACCAACUGUUGAAAAGUCUAACUCUGAGCCUCAACCCUCUAAUCACUUAAAUCAGGAACCCUCUGAUAGAGAAAUUCUCUCUCCUGCUCCCUCAGUCUCUUUUCCAACAAAUGUUCCAUUUUCCUCUCCUUCAAAUAAAUCUGAAGCUUCACGCCAAUUCUUUCAACUUGCCAGAGAAAGAGUUUCAGAACUUCCUGAACAUUUCUUAACUGUUCCUAGUCCAAACCGCUACUCUGGACCAAGGCCAGAACCUCUGGAAGCUCCUGAUUUUCCAAUCCAUGCAGUCCCUUUGUCUUCAGUAGCACCACCUCGUCCUCCUUCUCCUCCACCUCCAAAUGAAAACUCUGUCUCUGACCAAUCUCCAAAUCCUGAGACUGAAGUUUCUCAUCCAAACCCUGAGACCAAUAACUCUGAACCCCAAACUGUGCAAAUUGGUUCAUCUCAUGGUGUUUCUGAAGCUACAACUAGCAAUCAUCCCUCUUCACCUGAAACCCAUCUUUCCAUUGUUCCCUAUACCCAACCCAGACCAAACACCCUGCUUGAUUGCAUCAACUUAUUUAAUCAUGAAGCAUCUUUAAGGGUUCUCAAUGUGCAAGGUCGCACUGACCUCAGUGAGAAACCAGACUUGGUUGCUGAAGACUAG